GAGAGAGAGGAGAGGACCCUAGAAAACUUGGCUUCUUUCUCCAACGGUCCUAAACUCAACGCCACUGUGUGAGAGUUGUUAUUUUAGAGUGUCGAAGACAAAUGCGAACGCGCGAACUGAGUUUCUGCAACCUCAAAUUCGAAAAAAUAGUUCGCGGGUUCUAGCCGCAUCCGCUCUCAAUCUCAAGACUAGCCAUUUACGAUCGCUGGUUCAAUUCAAAGUACUCUUCAGGUUAAUUUUGUAUUCUCACAGUUCAAAGUCAAGAUUCGGCUAGUUUCCACAUUUGGCGCCGAUUAGGGUUUUAUAACCCAGUGCUUGUUAUACUUGGAGCUCAUCGUCGGAGCAUUAGGCAAUGGGAGCUUUUAAGUUGGAGCUUCGUUGUCCCCAAAAAGUUGAUGGAAUUGCACUUGACCCUGAGCCUGAUUGGAGCUUCGAAGCUCUGCUAUCGGAGAUAGAUGAAUUGGAAAGAAAGAUCAACAGCUCUUCUAAGGUUUCAGUGCCUUUUACUAAAGAAAGACCACGAGAUAUAUCCGAUUCAAAGAGCAAUGGGAGGACUUCUGCUAGCCCAUUUGUUAUGCGUGUCUUCGAAGAUGAGAUGGACAACAUUGACAGUGAAGAUGAGGAGGCUCAUGAUCAAAGUUCUGUGGCAGCUAAACGGUUUAAUUUUGAUGAUCUUUAUCUCAGUGACAGUGAUGACUCUGGUGAUGACUCGUCUCUUGAAGCCCAACCCUGCCUGAUGGAGAAGGGUGAAUCAGGGGAAAGUAGUUUGUUCGAGCUAUCCCGUGAACAUCAGUUCAGAGUGAAGGAAGAAAUCAGGAACCAAAUAUCAGCAUUAGAGACAGAUCUGAAGACUGAAAGUCAAAAGUCUAUUUCUGCAAUCUUUCGAGUUGAGAGAUAUAGAGAAGAAAGAUGUGAAAUGGAAAGAAAACUUGAUACUCAAUAUCAACGCAAUAUAGCAGAAGCACUUAAUAAUCACUUGACUGCUGUCCAGCGAGACCUUGAAGUCAGAUCUCAAAUAGAAGAAAGAAAAAUAAGAAUUGAUGCUUAUGAAGAUGCUAAAAGAAAGGAAAAAGCUCUGCAAGAAGAAAAACUUCGACAAGAACGAGCUAAAGCAGAAGCUGAGGCAAAAAGAGCCGAGGAAGCAAAAAGAGCAGAGGAUGCAAAAAGAGCUGCUUUGGAAGCUCAGAGAAGAGCAGCUAAAGAAGCUGCAGAAAGGGAAGCUUCUGAAGCCUCAAGGAGGGCUGUUUCUGGAUCGGCACAAGAAGGAACUUACAGACCUCAGAUAAAUGCUUUGAAUGCUCAAUCCAGCGGAAAACCACCAGCGGCAGGUAAGAUACUGAAGGCUGCAGAAAGUGCUCUGAAUCUAGAGCAGGGGAGACUACAAAAGCUUAAACAGUUUGAUGAUGAAAACCAGGCACUGAGAUUACGCUCCAAAGAGGAUUUCAGGAAGUAUGAGAGGCAAAUUUCUAAGUUGGUUCAGCAAAUUACAGGAACAAAAGACAGUGUCAGACAAAAAGCAGGUGAACUAGUCAAUAUCUUUAAUGAUGCUCGCUGCCCUCAAUCUAUCAGUGUUGCAGCAUUUGCAAAGAAGGUUGUCUCCAAUUGUAAAACCCCGCGUAAUGCUGCUUUUGCAUGUGGCCAUGUCAUUGUUCUUGUUACUUCAAAGGUUCCAACUGCAAUGGAUCUUGUUCUUGCUGAGUUACACAGAGCUUGCAUCUAUACAGUUCCAAAGCACUACUCACAGUCAGCAUUUGAAUCAAAAGAGGCAUACUAUAAAGCUAUUGGAUUCCAAGAAGAUGAAGGAAAGAUUGAGAGUGUUGACAAUUAUUUGGCACGAUUAGAGUCAUAUAUGAAACUAUAUGGGGCACUGGUUCAGACAGAAAUUUAUGGGUUCCAAAAUGCGCAUGGCCUGAAAGAAGGUUGGGCAUGGCUUGCAAGGUUUUUAAAUGCUCUUCCUGCCAACAGAUAUACUGCUGUUGCACUUAACGCAUUUCUACACAUGGCAGGGUACUCUCUCUUCAAAAAGUACAAAUCUCAAUUCAGGAAGAUGCUGAACAUCAUUUCAGACAACUUCCUGAAUGCACUAAGAGAACGAGGCGAUUCAAAUCUGAACCCAGUCAUUGCAGAAAUCGACGCCUACUUAAAGGACAACAAAUUUCUUUGUGAGCCUGAGGGAAGGAGCCUGGAGGGCUCUUUGCUGUCAGAUGUUUAUGUGCCUGAAUCAGAUUACUACUAAUUGUGUAUUUAUAGGUCUUCUGGUCUUGUGUGAUUCCUGGAGAAUGUGUUGAAGAAAGUUUUGCCAAUCAGUCAUGUUGUAAGCCGUCAAGACAUAUUGUACUCUUGGUAGUUAUGAAAAGUGUACAAGGAAACUGUUGUGAAUUAGAACCAACUCGCUCCCCUUUA